UUCAGUGUGAGUUCGAGCUUCAGUUAGUUGCCUGUAACUUUUUUUUUUUUUUUUUACCUUUUGUGCAUCUUCACAGGUUUCAGCGUCACACUUCCCAGAUGAAUCUCACCUCACGCCUCUAACGGUAUGAUUAAAUGGAUUUAAAGAGGGAUGCCGUUGUUUUAUUUGGUUAACAAACAGUCAUUUUCGGUGGCACAUCUAAAUGAGAGUUGUUGGUGAGCUGGUGAGUCCCUCGCAAAUGCCUUAAAUUGAUGGUGAAAUACAUGUGGUGAGUAUUUUUGAUAUCGUGAUCUUCAAAAAUGUCUACGAGGAUGCAUUUAGAUGUUUUUUUCCUGUGUUUGAGUAGUCGUUAACCGCUGACACGUUGGCUUUUAGUCGCCAGUUAACAGAGUAACUGUUUUAACCGAAGCACCUGUGAUAGUAUUUUAUUUUUUUUACUUUGUGGGUCAAAAGAUACCCUCAAUUUUACUCACAAACUUAGACGAAUUGAUGCUCAUAACCGGCAUCUAUAUAUGCAUUUAAAGUUACUGUAGUGUUAUACUGUAUUAUCUUGUCCAGGCCUGAAUAAGAUGUUGGUCUGGAAGCGCCACCUGCUGGUUACAGUGUAAAUUACAGCCAUACUGGCGUCUGUGCUGGGAGAAGGGACGUGUUUAAAUACAGGCCCUCACAAGAAUAUCACCAUCAGCUUUUGUUUUAAUUUUCUUUUAAGUUUGUGGCUUCUAUGGCUUUCAUUGACAGAUAGAGGACAGUCGACAGAAAAGGAAACAGAAGAGAGAGCGGGCAAUGACAUGCUGGAAUUGGUAUAAGCUAUAAGAUUGACAAAAUGAUGUGUCUCAAUUUCGAGGUGAUGUCUGGUUGAAACUGUCCCGUUGAAGGGCCUAAACUAGUCAAAGGCUUUUGUACUAAACACUCCGAGCUUUGCCCUGCAGGCUCUCAAGUUAUUCUAAAUGUCGAGUGUUCUUAAGGAAAAGCAGGUGGAUUCAAAUCAGGAGAUGAGGCUGUUCAAGUUGCAUCCAAGGUACUUAAUUUAGCAUGCAAAUGAACAAAGUCAGUGAGAAUGAACUCUGCAGAAUCCAGACUGAAGUAACAAAGAAAAACCCCCUUCUUUUAUAAUGCAUUUUGAUAGGCGUACACUCUCCUAGGACCAGGGUCAACCCUUUUUCUUCAUGUAAGUUUUAAAACCUUUUUGUUGAAGGAAAGCAGUCGCUACACACACAGAACAUAAAACAUUGUCUGAGAAUAAAAACGAAUAAAAUAAAAGAGCAUUAAUCCUAAGGAGAAACACAGAAGAUUAUUUCUUAAAGAUGAUCCUAAAAAUUAUUCCACUAAACCUUUUGAUACAUUUACUUUUUUCCCUUGUGCAUUAGCUCUAAUGUUGCAACUGUGUGCAGGUGGUGAAUCUACAACUUCAAAAUGCAGCCCCUUGAUACACAGAAAGGUUUGUCCUUGACUCUUCUUAAUGUGGGCAUUUGUGCCAACACCAUUUUCCUGAAAUUGUAUUUUUGUUUGCAGGAUGUCCUCCUCCCACAAGCCAGCUGUUGGAUUCUCUAAAGGUGUAUCUAAACAACAAGAAAAGACUCCAACCCAUUAUUGGUCUGUAGGAAGGAAACGUUUCAAGUAGAGUUAUGAAUUCACAAAGUAUGGUUGCUGAAGUGUUUGGUGAUUUUCUGCCUGUUCAGGUCUGAGCUGUAUCAUCGAGUGUGUGAAGAAGGGAGCUGAAGAUAGACAGUUAUGGUACUUGUGUGAGGUGUGUAAGUGUCAACUCAGUAAAGCUGACAUACGCAACCACAUCAUGGGAAGUCUCCACAGAUACAACUACAUUGUAAGUUAUAUCAUGAAAAGAGGACCUGUUUUUUUCUUUGACCAUGACUUUUGUUUAUUAACACUUUAUGUUUUACUUUCAUAGAAAGCCUUGCACCAGGACUUAGUGUCUGAAUGGAAGGAGGUCUCUGACCUGUCGAAGCUGGCCUGGCCACUGAUGGAGAUUGCAAAGAUGUUAGAGGAAAAAGAAGGACCUGGAGAUGUACAGGUGAGUUGAUUUGACUGUGUUCAACUUUGUUUAGAGAGGAGUGCUUUAACAUCAGCUCUCAUAUUUUCUACAUCCUCAUUUCUAGACAAUAGAACUUGAAGAUACUGUAUUUCAGACAGUGGUGGCAUUCGAAGAAGAUGGUGGUAAGUGAUGGUCCAAGGUUGUUGUUUUUUUGACUCUUUUACAUGCUCACCUUGUGUUUAAUUUCUGUGUCUUUCCCCUUCUGACACCAAAGCUGCUGCUUUGUUAGAUAUAUUAAAAAAUAGCAGUGUGCAGGCUGAACCUGGGAGACAUUUUGAGGCUUCAGUGGUGCAGCUGGAGCCGGUACACUCAGAGAGGGCUGUAUUACUUUCUACAAACCAACAGAGAUGGUCUGACACUGAUGAGAUGUUGGCUGACUACUCAGAGAGCAGAGACUUUCUUUGUGGCUACUCAGGAAGUGAACCUCUCAUUGGUAAGCAUAGACAAAGAAUAGCAGCAUACAAUGGGGUGUAAAUGAAAGAUAAGAUGUUCACAGUAACCUGUAGGCAAGUCAGGUUUAUGUGCAGAGCACCUUUAGUCUGAAAACAAUGCUGUUACAAGGUCUCACUGAGUCAUUCACAGGUCAGAUAUUCAGUGCCUUUCCCCAAAAGUAAUGCUGUUGCUUCAAAAGACGCCUCUUCCAUCUUUUUGCAUCAGGUUUUUCCAGAGUGGUUGAGUGUAGAGAUGAAGACGGCCACACGUACUGUUUCUUAUGUCACUGCUGCCGUGUCAGAUCCAACGAAAAGGACAUCAUCAGUCACUUAACCAGCUCAUCCCAUCUUGUGAAUUACUUGGUCAGUGUGUUGUGGAUCAAAAAUCAAAAUUUAAAACACGCUGAAGAAAGGUGCGGUUAAAGUUGACUGAAAAAUGUCGGUGUGUAGAUGGAAACCCGUCCCAAUCAGAUGGAGGUAAUAACAGCAGAUAUUAGCAAUGACUCUUGGCUUCUUCAGUCUGUGGCUGAGAGAGUGGAGCAGGAGGAGGGCAGAGGAGAGCUGGAGGUAUCUGAUUUUACAGAUCAUCAAUGAUUGCUGGUCCAGCUGCUCAUUAACUUAUUUUUUCUUUGUAUCCUAAAUGGUCAAACUUAUUAUUAUUCCAGGUGGUUGUAGCACCAGAGUCCUUCUGUGUCCAGCUGACCGGCAGAAGUUAUCACUGGUGUAAGUAGAGUUGCAUACACUUCCACAGCUUUUCUUGUUUGCAAGUCAUUUCCUCUUUAGCCCCAGCUCUCAGCUCUUUAGGAUUGAUUCACGAUGUGAGUAUAACACUUGAUUUGAUCUCUUUUUACUCUUUUACAGUCCAAAAUCUCCCCUUAUGUUCUUUUUUUUCUGUGUGGUUUUGUUUUCAAGGUAUAAAGAUGCUGAGUGUUGGAUGGACACAUACUGAUAUCUUAAAUGCAGAGAAAGGUGUGACUCUCUCAAAAGCAACUGUUCACUCAAAGGAGACCAAACCUCCUUAAUGUGAUGUUUUUAACAAUGUGGAUCAAAUUUAAUUUCCAUUUAAGGGCCUGAUGUGAGCGGGGAAAUGCCAGAGACGGGCACCAAAGUGUUAUCAGAGUACAAGAAACGGAGAAAUACUGUGUUCAGAGUAAGCCUGCCCCUCGCCAAGGGUCCUCUGCUCCUGAAGAGGACGUCUUUCAGCGAGGACACCUUCCUACCUGAGGCAGACAAGGACCUGUCUGCAUCAGACUCUGACCUGGAAUGUUGCAGGGGGACUGGACCUGAAAACGAUGAGUUGGACUUUGCCGCCACCUUGGGACCAGAAGGAAACCUAGCAGUCAGUAUUUAUGAGGAGGGGAUGGGUUUCAUCAGUGACAUUGAGCAGCUUAACCAGUUUGAAAACUUAAGUGGGACAGAAGAACAACAUUUUUACAAGGGGAACAAUGACCAGGGACAACACACUUUUGAAGACACAGCAAGUGAGAUGUUGAACAGAAACCAGAAUCAUGAAGUACCACCAACACAAAACGAGUGGACGCUGCCUCCUGGGUGGAACACUCAGAACUUGGUGUCUUAUUCUGUGCCCUACAGACAGAUGGAGUGGUACAAUCAAACCUCACAGUGUAGAGUUGAUCCAAAAGGGCCAAUCGAAAAUGCACAAUGGGAGAGGAUUUCCGAUGCGCCUCCCUAUCAGAACUAUUAUCAACAACAGUCUUAUAUGUAUUAUAACUGGUAUUAUCAACAACAGCCCCAUUAUCAGUACACAGCAGAAGAUGGUUCACAUCAGCAGGCAGCUGUUGAAGGCAGAAUGGGCAGCCUGGUUGAUCAGAUACAGAGUCAUCAGCAGACAGCUCCACCAAGUUUUAUGACAUAUAUGUCUCCUUUUCAGACCUGAAGAAAACCUGGAGUCUAAGCUGAUGUCCCCAUUGAAUGAAAGUACACUUAUAUACAGUCUAGCAUGUACCUUCACGAUGGUGUUCAGUGGUGUAUUUGUAAAGUCUUCUCAAAUGACGAAUCUGGUUUCUGUCAGAGAAGGGACUCUACUAAAGGAGGGUGUUUUUUUUUUUUGCUGCGACCUGCAGCACCAGUCUUUGAGUUUCAGUCUCUGACAAAUAUUCCUUUUUAUGAGAUUGAUGGAAGGGUUGUAUUUUGGAAAAAUGUAGAGAACUUCAAAGAUUUUGGAUUACUAAGGGGAAUGACAUGCUGUUUGCAUCCAGUUACAUUAAAGAAUGAGUUUAUUUUAUUUUGUAUUUCUCUUCUGCAUUAAAGUACAUGCUGUGUUUGAUUAACUACAAAAUUUCAUAGUGAUAAAAUGUUAAAUACCAAAGACUUAAUUUUCCAUUUCUUUCGUAACAUUAUUUUAAUGUGACCUAAUGUGACUUUUCAAUGUACAAACUGUGACAGGAAAGACAUGUAGAAAACCUGUAGGAUGUGUGAUGGUUCGUUGAUUUGAAAAAUAAAUGUGACAUAAAGACGUUUGA